CCCGCUCCCAUUAAACUAGAGGAGCUCCUCGGAUGCUCAUCCUGUGGCCACUUCUCGGGCGUCACCUUCUCCUCCCCCUCGUGCCAUUACUGAUUUCUAGGUUCUUGGGAAUGGUGGAGAAGCCUGAGAAACACCUUUUUACGAGGCCUUGAGGAAGGACCUGUCUUGUCUUCCCCACAGAGAUAGCUAGCUUCUUCUUCAGCUGAGAACCAAAGCUUCUGCUAGUGGAUCGAUCGAGCUGGUCUCUCGUCAGUCGGAUGAAGGACAGAGUGGUGGUGUGAGAGGAACUGGUGGUGGAGAUGGUGCAGCAGCUGCACAGCCUCGGUUUGGAUCUCUCGAGCGGGACAGCGACCGAAUCGGAGUUGCCGGCUACUCCCUCGGUGGUUUACAUGGACGUCAACGUCGUCCCCGAGCAUGACAAAGAAGGACUGGCAUCCACGAUCUCCAGCCUCCAAGGCAUGGAAAUGUCGGAGUUGAGAUCGAAGCAGAUAUACCUCGACGCUAAACGGCGAGAGGCUCUCGACAAGAUACUAGACAUCAAAGGAAGCAUCAGGGUGUUCUGCCGAGUUAAGCUCAUGGAUGAGAGAAAGAUGGCGUCGCCCAUCUCCACCGAAGCAGACAAGAUCACUGUUCGAUCGGCGGGAACGAGGAAAGAAUUCGUCCUCGACCGGGUGUUCCACCCGGAGUCAACGCAAGAGGAUGUCUUCCGAGAAGUCAAACCGAUCCUGAGAUCUGCGCUCGAUGGUCACAACGUCUGCAUCUUAGCAUAUGGUCAGACUGGAACGGGGAAGACGCACACAAUGGAAGGAAACAAUGGCCGUCCGGGGAUCGUUCCUCGAGCCAUAGAAGAACUCUUUCAUCAGAUUUCUCAGCACGAAUCAGCUUCGUUUACCUUGUCGAUGAGCAUGCUUGAAGUCUACAUGGGAAGCCUCAGAGACCUGUUCGUCCACAGGCGAUCUCCAGCUCGAGUCACGCAUUGGAUUCCUAAAUGGUAUGCCGCCCUUAUCUUGUACGCCCAUCAUCAUCCUGCUAAUCACAUCGUUCGUCUUGGCAGCAAUCUCAGCAUCCUGAGGAGCAGCGACGGCACGGUGGAGAUCGAGGGACUCACAGACGUGCAGGUGACCGACGCGAAGCAGGCUCGCCGGUGGUAUGCCAGGGGGAAGCAUGCUCGCUCUACCUCCUGGACUAACGUCAACGAUGCCUCGAGCCGGUCGCACUGCUUGACCAGAAUUACCAUCUCUCGAUCGAACGACGCGGUGGACGGCACUAACAAUCUUGUUAGCAAGAUUUGGCUGGUGGAUCUCGGCGGCAGCGAGCGGUUACUGAAGACAGGCGCCACCGGACAGACGCUGGACGAAGGGCGGGCGAUCAAUCUAUCGCUAUCUGCGCUUGCUGAUGUUAUUGCUGCUCUAAGAAGGAGGCGCGAUCACAUCCCUUACAGGAACAGCAAGCUCACUCAGCUCCUCAGCGACUCGCUAGGAGAUGGGUCGAAGGUUUUGAUGAUCGUGCACGUCAGUCCUGGCGAAGACGACGCAGGGGAGACUGUAUGUUCUCUGAGCUUUGCUACGAGAGUCAGAGCUGUGGAGGCAAGCAGAGAGCUGUCAGAGGACACCAAGAAACGGAAGCAACAGCGCGUCGCAGAGCUCGAGCAGGGAGUCCAAGAGGCCGAAGAAGAGCUGCGGAGGGUGAGAGACCAGAUGGAGAGGACCGCGAAGCUGAUCCAGGAGAAGACGAACACCUUGCGAGUUGAUCUAAGGGGAUCACCGAGAAGCCCCCUGACACUAAACCCUGUGGAACUCGACGGAGGAGACACCAAGACGGCAGAGAAGCCAGUGCAAAGGGCACGCGCAGCUCCGGUUCCUCGUUUCAUGUCCUCCACGGCGUGCAGCCGGCGGCGGCAGCAGCAGGCUGCAGAAUCACUGGGCAGGGCGAGAAGGAGAUCGACGGAUUUCCGUGGAUCGCAGUCGCACAGCUGCUAUCAAACGUCAAAGAAGAUGACAGUGGCAUACAGGCGAAGAGAUCCGCCAUUGUCAUUGCAGUGUAAUCCACUGAACGUGAGCCACGACAGCGUGGGUUCAAGGGGAUCCUGGUCAUCAUCGAAGACCAAGAAGGUCUCUAAUUAUAAUCCUAAUCUGAGAGUUGCAUUGCAUCAGCAGCAUCGAAGAAGGAUGUCUGAUCUAAUCUAAGUCGAUGUUUGGUGUAGAGUAGUUCGCCUAAGCCGCAUCUUUCUUCUUCUCUUCCUCGAGGAAAGGCAUGUAUCAAUGAGAUGGCUUGAUCAUUCUUUUGGCUAUGUCAAUGAUUCCCUUUGCUUGGCACUGCUG